AUGUCUUCUAACAACAUCCAGAGCGUUGCAGUCGUUGGUGGCACCGGAACUCUAGGGAAACCGAUCGUUAGAGAGCUCGUUGCUCAGGGAUUCCAGGUCACUGUCCUAUCACGAAGCGAUACGCAAGAUGAUCUGCCUAAGGGUGCUGUCGUGAAGGCAGUGGACUAUGACAGCCUUGAGUCCCUCAAGACCGCCCUGGCGGGCCAGGACGCCGUCGUAUCCACAAUCGCCUCCCCUGCUGUUGGCCCUCAGCAGCAGAAUGUUGUUGAUGCUGCAUACGCAUCUGGAGUGAAGCGCUUCAUCCCAUCCGAGUUCGGCAUAAACACGCGCGAGCUCCAAGGCUUGAAGAUCGCGCAAAUCCUGGCCGGAAAGACCAAGCUGGUGGAUGACCUUCAGAAGAAAAGCGAGGAAACAAAGACCUUCACUUGGACUGGGAUCUCCAACGGGCUCUUUUUCCACUACUUCGGCUUCGAUGCGAAGGCGAAGAAAGCCACCGUCUACGACUCCGGAAACGAGCCUUUUCAAACGAGUAGCCUAAGUCUGAUUGCCAAGGCUGUGGCAUCUGUGCUGAAGCACCCUCAGGAAACUGCAAACAAAUACCUGUCCAUCGCCUCGUUUCAGCCGUCUCUGAACGAGAUCCUCAUGAUUGUAGAGGACGAGACCGGCGCCAAGUGGACGGUUGAGCGCAUAAGUACACAAGAUUUGCAGAAGACAGGCGAGGAGAAGUUGUCCAAGGGCGAUUUCAGCGCAUUCAGAGAGCUACUGAGGGUGCAUAUCCAUCGCGAUGGGGGCGGACAUUCUGUUCCGGAGGGAGAGCUUGCCAACGGACUGCUCAAACUGCCCAAAGAGGACCUGCGUGACUCGAUUCAGAAAUGGUUGGGUUAG